ACUAGCUUCCAUGGAAGAAGAGGAUACGGAUCCAUCGCCCCCGGGAACUGCUGGCAGAUCGUAUGAGUGUGUGUUCUGCAAGAGAGGCUUCACAACUGCACAAGCCUUAGGUGGACACAUGAACAUUCACAGAAAGGACAAGGCCAAUAACAGAACCAAACCUACUACUACUUUUCUUAUUCCUUCUUCAACUCAACUUCAUCAUUCCGAUCAUCAUCUCGGCUUCUAUUACUUUUCAUCAUCAACUUCCACACGGAAUAAUAACAACAACAACAACAAUAUCUAUGAGGUUCAUUCUGAUUGUUCUUCUUCCAAUCAAGGUUAUUUUCCUCCACCCAAGGAGAGAAACUUGACUUUUUGCAAUAAUAAUAAUAAUCCAUCAUCAUCAUGUGUUGCUCAAGUUAAAGACAAGGUACAAGAUAACAGUGAUGAAGGUGGCGGCCUUGAUUUAGAGCUCAGACUUGGUCAUCAUCAUCCUUAAUUAAUUAAUAACUAGCAUGCAUGUUAUAAAGCCAAAUUUUGAUUAGCCUACAUAUAUUAUUGUUAUGUCAUACAUAGCUCGAAGCUUCUUCAAUGGAGAAAUAAUGAUGGCUUAACUGCUCUGGAUCCAUCCAUUUUCUGAUGAUGAGAAAUAAGGCAGGUACUCCUGAACUUACCUUUUUAUCCACAAAAAUUGUGUAGCCACAUCAUAUUCUAGGGUUUCUAUGCUUAUAUAUACCAGAAGCUCCUAAUUCAUAUAUAUAUUAUGUGAAUUAAUUAAUUAUUGUAAUUUUUUUCUAAAUAAAUCUAUAUAUUACAUAUGCAUAUACUUCCAAGAAGUGUGUCAAUAGAAUAUGAAGGUCCUGUAUGUAUAUAUGUCGUUUAAUUUGAUUUAAUUUCUCAAUUGCUAUACCUGCUUUACAUUGCUUUAAGGUAAUUAUACAAAAUGAUAACGUAACUGCUCCGGGGGAUAAGCAUGAUUAAUUAUUGUUGUAGUUGCAAUUAUGCAAUAUACACAAUUCGAUCAGUAAUGUUGUUUCCAUGGAUUGAUGUAAAAAUAAUAAUGGUAAUUGUAAUUUCAUGAAUACGAUUGCAUAUCAGGUUGCAUGUGAAGUUAAUUUUCUUAGUUACGUGCUACAGAAGCAUUAAACAAAAUGAUUUGUCUUCAUUAGCAUUUUACCUACUUUUCUCGUAUACACUGGUGUAAAUUUACGGCAAAAUGUACGUGUAAUAAGUAAUCUUUGUUGUUUUAUGACAUGAUUAAACAUCUCUUUCAAGGUGGAGGUUGUUGAAU